UAGAGGUAGAAGCAGCACCAGCACCUUCUGCAGCAGCAGCAGCCACGGGCGGUCUCGGGCAGGGUCGGCCUGACUGACCCAGAAACUGAAGACACCAGGGGCACGCCGCCCGCUGGGGCCGGCCAUGGAAGGAGGUUCCUUCGGAGCAGGCCGUGCGGGGUCUGCCCUGGACCCCGUGAGCUUCGCGAAGCGGCCCCAGACUGUGCUGCGGGUCGUGUCCUGGGUGUUCUCCAUCGCUGUCUUCGGGCCCAUUGUCAAUGAGGGUUACGUGAACUCCGAAAGCGGUCCGGAGCUGCGCUGCGUCUUUAACGGGAACGCAGGUGCCUGUCGCUUCGGGGUCACGCUCGGCCUCGGCGCCUUCCUCGCCUGCGCCGCCUUCCUGUUCCUAGACUUGCGCUUCCAGCAGAUCAGCAGCGUCCGCGACCGCCGUCGCGCGGUGCUGCUGGACCUGGGCUUCUCAGGGCUCUGGUCCUUCUUGUGGUUCGUGGGCUUCUGCUUCCUCACCAACCAGUGGCAGCGCACGGCGCCCGGUCCAGGCACCACGCAGGCUGGAGACGCAGCACGGGCCGCCAUCGCUUUCAGCUUCUUCUCCAUCCUCAGUUGGGUGGCGCUCACCGUGAAGGCCCUGCAGCGGUUCCGCCUAGGCACCGACAUGUCGCUCUUUGCCACCGAACAGCUGGGCACCGGGGCGGGGCAGGCCUACCCCGGCUACCCAGUAGGCAGCGGUGUGGAGGAUACGGAGACCUACCAGAGCCCGCCCUUCACCGAGACCCUGGAUACCAGCACCAAAGGGUACCAGGUGCCCGCCUACUAGUGGCUGGUGGGCUCAGACUAGGGCCGGAAGGCUGCCCUACCAAUGCAGGGCCCACGGCCUCCUGCGACCUCCCUCAGGUCCCGGUCCAGCUUUAGGAAUGGAGGAGUGGCCACUGUGGGCUGUCUGGGACCAAGAGAGGAUAGCCUCCAGGGUGCCAGGGCUGUACCCACAAGUUUCCCCAGUAAGUACCUUUACUCUCCAGCCCCAUGCCUGAAGUCUUGAGGAAGGGACAGCACAGCCCUGGACAUGUGUGCUCCAGCCUUCAGUGGAUCAGCCUGUAGGGGGCCAUUCCCCUCAUGAGGCAGCCAGCCCAGGGUUUACCUGUCCACUCUGGAGUGAGGGAUCCAGCUGCCCUCCAUAGCCAGGUGCAGGGCCUGCCCCAGACUGGGGGCAGCACUGCCUCCACCCCCAUGCCAUGACCCAGGGAGCAUGGCUGAUGGCCACUGUUCCCCGUCUCAUGUCACCGUGGGUAGUGGCAGUCCUUGCUCCUGUUGUGGUGGUUCGCCCCAUGGGGCCAUGUGCUCUCUGGAGCCUCCCUCCCUUUCCUCUCACCUGCUCACUAGAGUAGCCUGGCCUUGUUGAUGUUGUGAUUGUGGUCUUCAAGUUUCACCUGGUAGUUUCCAUGCCCUGCCCCAGGCCUCUGCCUGAGUGGGCAGUUCUGGCCGGGAAGGCACAGCAUGGCUGUAGGCCUGGGCACCAACCAGCCUUCUCUCAGCCCUUCAGUAAGACUUACCCAAGGGAGGCUUGGGACACCUGUGUACCUGGCAAGACAAGCCCUGGAAAGGAGAGAGGCUGCAUUUGCCCAUGGUGCCCUGGAGACACCAUUCUGUGCAAACCCCUUUACCUUGGUUUCCUAGACCAGUCCUUCAACUCCCCACCCUGCACCCCAUUUUAAGGCCCAGUCCAAGGUUGGGGUCCCUCUGUAUAGCUGACUACUCAUGCAUUGCUCAAAGCUGGCUUUUCACAUUAUACCAGAUGCGGUUGCCACAUUCAAUUCUUAAAAACAGACACCUCCCUCUGGAGUUGCAAUUGAGUGACAACCCUGUACAUUGUAGCAUAGAUCAAUUAUGUGUGGAUAUUUAAGUGAACAUGUUUACAAUUUUUGUAUAUAUGGAUUUUUCCUGUCCUCUGAAAGAACAAUCCGUGAUUGUGUAUUUUCAGUGUCCCAUGUUCCAGCUGCAAGUUCUUUACAAUAAAGACUGGAGCCCUGGCUGGUGUGGCUCAGUGGAUUGAGUGCCAGCCUGUGAACCAAAGGGUUACCGGUUCGAUUCCCAGUCAGGGCACAUACCUGGGUUGUGGGCCAGGUCCCCAGUAGGGGGUGU